UCAUCCUCACUUCACCUCAACCAUCCUCAACAACAGGACCUCUUUGACUUUGCUGCAUACUGACUGCUUUGGGUUCCGAGACCCGUCCUUUCGCACCAACCAUCAUGACGACCGAACGAGCUCUUCCUACCCCACCCGUGCAGUCUCCGUCACCAUCCAAGUUCUCAUUCCCAUCUCCUGGCAAGGCUGACCCGAAGCUGAAGCACAAUCCUCACCCGUACGCCGUCAAGACUACGACGAGCGCGCUCCUCACGCGAUCGAACUCAUCCGGACAUAACGAAGCGACUCGCCACUACUACGUUCCCCUCUCUCCGACGGCGAGCCGGAGCCCAGAAAGCGCGAAAAGUCACAAGAUAUCCAAGUCGCUAAACGCCGUCGCAGAGUCUCCGAGUCGAUCGCCUCGCCCGCUCCCUGUGCCGCCGAUGUCCAUGUCCGCAAACACGUCCCCAGUCCACAGUGCCGAGCCGAGUCUGUCUGGCUACGAAGCGGAUACGUCCUUCCCCCGCCGCACGAAGCGCGCUGAUACCCUGCCGACGUUCCCAUCGACCGCCGAGCCGUCCCUCGAGCUGCUCGCCAUUCCCGAAGACCUGCCCCCGAACCCGAAGCUGUGGACUCCGUCGCAGCUGUCCACGUAUCUGACCACCGCGCUGCGCGUAACGUCACAUGUGAAAGCGGGCCAGCCGGGCCCGGUGCCCGUGCCUGUCCGCGUCGCGAAGGACAUUGCGGCAUUCACGCGAUCGAGGAUGAUCAGUGGGAGGAUGUUCCUGCGCCUGACGGAAGGCGAUCUCGAGGGUAUGGGCAUGAACAAGAAAUGGCGCGAGCUGCUGCUCUCCACGUCCCAGGAGCUCCGCCAGAACGUCCUGAAGGGCCGGAUAUGGGGCCCUGAGGUCUCGCCCAAUCCGUCUCCAGGCUCGACCUCUCCACUGCCGAACAUGUUUUCCAACGCAUUCUACAACGCCAACUCGUCGACAAGCUCACUCGAACUCUCUGCGGACGAAAGCGCGCAGGCUGCGGCGGAGCGCCCGAAGCGCUCGCGGAGCGGGAGGGUGCGGGGGAUGGUGCAGUCAUUCGAGCGCAGCGGGAGUUUCAGCUCAGAGGCGAGCUUUGAUGAGGACCUUGAGGGCGAGCGCGCGCAGCUUGGGCGGUGGCUGCGUGAGGAGGGUGGGUCCUCCGUCGACGAGCAGCCCUUCAAGAGCCCCAGUCCCACGCGACGCCCGCUCCCCGACCCCUUCGCGUUGCAGAGUGCAACUGCGCCAGGUCCGCCGGCGGCCAUUGGCGAAGAGCCGUCCGUGGAGGACCUGCUCGCGGCUGAGACAGCGUCGGCGUGGGGCGCACGUGCGUGGGAGGAGAUGGACAGCGUCCCGGGUGUGACGGUCAAGCGAGUGAACGGCGUGCCGCACCCCCUUCCGCCCUUGCCCGGGCUGUCUGACGCAGAGACGCACAGAACAGUCGUGGGGCACGGGCGAGAUGCAAGCAGUGGGCGUCGGAAGGAGCGAGACGAGCGGAGGGUUGUCACCGCCAUUUUCACACCUUCUGCAGACGAAGGACCUUCGGGAGAAGUUAACCCUGAGCCCGAGGCUGGGGUACAGACGGACGAGCGUGUGGAGGCAGAAGUCGUACCAGAUGAAGCGGCAGUGCGUCUCUCGGAGGAGCUUGCGGCAACCCGGGCACUCAUGGAUGUCUUCCGACAACGUUUGGCAGAUGUGGAGGCAAAGGUCGCGGAGUUAGAGCGACUGGAGGUGGAGCGGGAGGAGCGCGAACGCCAGCUUGAAGAAGCAGUCGAGGUGCUGGUCUCACCGGGUGUCGAGGCUGAGCGGAAGGCAGCGCCUGCGGAAGAUUCGACUCUACUCGGCCGGACGACUUCCAUGCUUCCAGCCGCACUGCAGCACUUGGAUCUGACUGGCAGCUUCAGGACAGCAAGCGGGCCUGCGAACGAAAAUGAUAACGGAGGACCGUCCACCCUAUCGGAGCUGCCGUCUUACGUCCUGCUUGUCGGUUUCGGUGUCUGCGCUGUUGUCCUCCGUGUGGUGCUGAGGCGCGUCGCCGGAAGAAACGCUAUCGCUGCGCUGAAACCCUAGCAACUCUGACACUCACCGACGUCGUUUGUGUAUUUGUAUUGCUCUCUUGGACUACAUCGUGUUUCUAAUCCCUCUGCAUCGUCUCAUCUGCUUACGACCUCCCAUGCCCCACGGGUCC